GCUUGUUGCCAUUGGUAGUUUCGGCCCAUGCUUCCUGACCAGGACAAACCUAACCUACCAACAAAUGAUAGAUGAACUGAUUACCAGGAACGUAAGUGAUUUUUAGCUCCAACAAAUGACAGAUGAACUGGUUAUCAGGGAUGUAAGUGAUUGUUAGCUACCAGGGAUGUAAGUGAUUGUUAGCUACCAGGGAUGUAAGUGAUUGUUAGCUACCAGGGAUGUAAGUGAUUGUUAGCUACCAGGGAUGUAAGUGAUUGUUAGCUACCAGGGAUGUAAGUGAUUGUUAGCUACCAGGGAUGUAAGUGAUUGUUAGCUACCAGGGAUGUAAGUGAUUGUUAGCUACCAGGGAUGUAAGUGAUUUUUGGCUACCAGGGAUGUAAGUGAUUGUUGGCUAUCAGGGAUGUAAGUGAUUGUUAGCUACAUCAGUCUAACAACAUCAGUCUAACAACAUCAGUCUAACAACAUCAGUCUAACAACAUCACCCUAACAACAUCACCCUAACAACAUCAGUCUAACAACAUCAGUCUAACAACAUCACCCUAACAACAUCACCCUAACAACAUCAGUCUAACAACAUCUACCUAACAACAUCAGUCUAACAACAUCUACCUAACAACAUCGGUCUAACAACAUGAGUCUAACAAAAUCAGUCUAACAACAUCAGUCUAACAACAUCAGUCUAACAACAUCAGUCUAACAACAUCAGUCUAACAACAUCACCCUAACUACAUCAGUCUAACAACAUCAGUCUAACAACAUCAGUCUAACAACAUCACCCUAACAACAUCACCCUAACAACAUCAGUCUAACAACAUCAGUCUAACAACAUCAGUCUAACAACAUCAGUCUAACAACAUCAGUCUAACAACAUCAGUCUACCAACAUCAGUCUACCAACAUCAGUCUAACAACAUCAGUCUAACAACAUCAGUCUAACAACAUCAGUCUAACAACAUCACCCUAAGAACAUCAGUCUAACAACAUCAGUCUAACAAUAUCACCCUAACAACAUCAGUCUAACAACAUCACCCUAACAACAUCAGUCUAACAACAUCAGUCUAACAACAUCAGUCUAACAACAUCACCCUAACAACAUCACCCUAACAACAUCACCCUAACAACAUCACCCUAACAACAUCAGUCUAACAACAUCAGUCUAACAACAUCAGUCUAACAACAUCAGUCUAACAACAUCAGUCUAACAACAUCAGUCUAACAACAUCACCCUAACAACAUCACCCUAACAACAUCACCCUAACAACAUCAGUCUUACAACAUCAGUAUAACAACAUCUACCUAACAACAUCAGCGUCACAACAUCACCCUAACAACAUCAGCGGAAUAACAUAAGUAUAACAACAUCAGCUUAACAACAUCUACCUAAAAACAUUUACCUACCAACAUCAGCGUAACAACAUCACCCUAAAAACAUCACCCUAACAACAUCACCCUAACAACAUCACCCUAACAACAUCACCCUAACAACAUCACCCUAACAACAUCACCCCCAAACAACUUGACCAUUGCCCAUAAUUAAGAAAUUAGAAUUUUUUUCUCACACUGCCAUCAUGUAUCGACCUCGCCGACUAUUUAUUUAAUGUAAUCCCCUCUCUACAACAAAUCAAUCAAUCAAUGGAUGGAAUAAUGUAUCCCCCCACCCCAACAAAUCCAUCUACAGCAUAAUCUAUUCCUCCACAUAAUCUAUCAAUGCUAUUCCCCACCAGGGAUCGACUGUGAGUACCAUCACUGAAGUGAACCUCGAUGGCACAUCUGACAUCCUGCCAUUGAACCAAGUUGUUCCUUUGUUUGAAGCUAACCCCGCCCUACGACGUGCAUGCCGAGAUGGACGAGUUGUCCCUACAGUAACAGAGGGAGGUAACUAGCGCAUGUUAUAUUAGUUCUUACAGGAACAGGGGAAGAUAACUAGGAGAUAUUAUAAUUCUCCCUGCAGUAACAGAGGGAGGUAACUAGCAGAUAUUUUAUUAGUUUUUAUAGUAAAAGGAAUGUAGCUCGCAGAUGUCUUCUUAUAUUUGAGGUGCCCACGAUCAAUUUGUUGAUCAUUCUGGCUCCUGGUUUAAAUUCAGAGUUUGCCUUCUCUUAGAUGGGUUGCCGUCCAAGGCUAGCGAGUCCCAUCUACCCGGGGUGCUUGGGAUGAUUUGCUUUUGGUGGGGAUUGAACUCCAGACCACCAGCUGUUUGGUUUGAGAAUUAGUUCUUACAGUAACGGGGAGGUAACUAGCAGAUGUUUUAUUAGUUCUUACAGUAAUAGAGAUAGGUAACUAGCAGAUGUUUUAUUAGAUCUUACAGCAAUAGAGGGAGGUAACUAGCAGAUGUUAGAUUGUCCCACAGGACCAAAAGGGGGGUAACCAGCAGAUGUUUUAUUAGUUCUUACAGUAAUAGGGAGAGGUAACUAGCAGAUGUUUUAUUGGUUCUUACAGUAACAGAGGGAGGUAACUAGCAGAUGUUUUAUUAGAUUUAAAGUAACAGAGGGAGGUAAUAAGCAGAUGUUUUAUUAGUUCUUACAGUAAUAGAGGGAAGUAACUAGCAGAUGUUAGAUUAUCCCACAGGACCAGAGGGAGGUAACUAGCAGAUGUUUGAUUAGUUUUUACAGUAACAGAGGGAGGUAACUAGGAGCGAGUGACGUAAAGUAGGUGACUUGGGGUGAGUGAAGUAAAGUAGGUGACUUGGGGUGAGUGAAGUAAAGUCGGUGACUUGGGGUGAGUGACGUAGAGUAGGUGAAUUGGGGUGAGUGACGUAGAGAAGGUGACUUGGGGUGAGUGAAGUAAAGUAGGUGACUUGGGGUGAGUGAAGUAAAGUAGGUGACUUGGGGUGAGUGACGUAGAGUAGGUGACUUGGGGUGAGUGACGUAGAGUAGGUGACUUGGGGUGAGUGACGUAGAGCAGGUGACUUGGGGUGAGUGACGUAGAGUAGGUGACUUGGGGUGAGUGACGUAGAGUAGGUGACUUGGGGCGAGUGAAGUAAAGUCGGUGACUUGGGGUGAGUGAAGUAAAGUCGGUGACUUGGGGCGAGUGAAGUAAAGUCGGUGACUUGGGGUGAGUGACGUAGAGUAGGUGAAUUGGGGUGAGUGAAGUAAAGUCGGUGACUUGGGGUGAGCGACGUAGAGUAGGUGACUUGGGGUGAGUGACGUAGAGUAGGUGACUUGGGGUGAGUGAAGUAAAGUCGGUGACUUGGGGUGAGUGACGUAGAGUAGGUGACUUGGGGUGAGUGAAGUAAAGUCGGUGACUUGGGGUGAGUGACGUAGAGUAGGUGACUUGGGGUGAGUGAAGUAAAGUCGGUGACUUGGGGCGAGUGAAGUAAAGUCGGUGACUUGGGGCGAGUGACGUAGAGUAGGUUACUUGGGGCGAGUGACGUAGAGUAGGUUACUUGGGGUGAGUGACGUAAAGUAGGUUACUUGGGGCGAGUGACGUAAAGUAGGUGACUUGGGGUGAGUGACGUAGAGCAGGUGACUUGGGGUGAGUGACGUAGAGUAGGUGACUUGGGGUGAGUGACGUAGAGUAGGUGACUUGGGGUGAGUGACGUAGAGUAGGUGACUUGGGGUGAGUGACGUAGAGUAGGUGACUUGGGGUGAGUGACGUAGAGUAGGUGACUUGGGGUGAGUGACGUAGAGUAGGUGACUUGGGGUGAGUGACGUAGAGUAGGUGACUUGGGGUGAGUGACGUAGAGUAGGUGACUUGGGGCGAGUGACGUAGAGUAGGUGACUUGGGGCGAGUGAAGUAAAGUCGGUGACUUGGGGUGAGUGACGUAGAGUAGGUGACUUGGGGUGAGUGACGUAGAGUAGGUGACUUGGGGUGAGUGACGUAGAGUAGGUGACUUGGGGUGAGUGAAGUAAAGUCGGUGACUUGGGGUGAGUGACGUAGAGUAGGUGACUUGGGGUGAGUGACGUAGAGUAGGUGACUUGGGGUGAGUGAAGUAAAGUCGGUGACUUGGGGUGAGUGACGUAGAGCAGGUGACUUGGGGUGAGUGACGUAGAGUAGGUGACUUAGGAUGAGUGAAGUAAAGUAGGUGUCUUUGGGUGAGUGAAGUAAAGUCGGUGACUUGGGGUGAGUGACGUAGAGUAAGUGACUUGGGGUGAGUGAAGUAAAGUCGGUGACUUGGGGCGAGUGAAGUAAAGUCGGUGACUUGGGGCGAGUGACGUAGAGUAGGUUACUUAGGGCGAGUGACGUAGAGUAGGUUACUUGGGGUGAGUGACGUAAAGUAGGUUACUUGGGGCGAGUGACGUAAAGUAGGUGACUUGGGGUGAGUGAAGUAAAGUCGGUGACUUGGGGUGAGCGACGUAGAGUAGGUGACUUGGGGUGAGUGACGUAGAGUAGGUGACUUGGGGUAAGUGACGUAGAGCAGGUGACUUGGGGUAAGUGACGUAGAGCAGGUGACUUGGGGUGAGUGACGUAGAGUAGGGGACUUGGGGUGAGUGACGUAGAGUAGGUGACUUGGGGUGAGUGACGUAGAGCAGGUGACUUGGGGUGAGUGACGUAGAGUAGGUGACUUGGGGUGAGUGACGUAAAGUAGGUUACUUGGGGCGAGUGACGUAGAGUAGGUGACUUGGGGUGAGUGACGUAGAGUAGGUUACUUGGGGUGAGUGACGUAAAGUAGGUUACUUGGGGCGAGUGACGUAGAGUAGGUGACUUGGGGCAAGUGACUUAGAGUAGGUGGCUUUGGGUUGUGGGAAAAAAAGAAGAUUAUGAGGCGUGAUAAGAUUAAGUUGAUUAUUAAUCUAUGGAGUCUUGGGUUAAAUAGCGGAGUGGGCAUGUUUGAGGUUUACGUGGGCUAUAGCUUCUACUCCACAAUGUUUGUAUUAUUCCUCCAUCUAAUUCUAUACUCCAAUAUGUAUGUAUGCUUUCCCAGAAGGCACUAACAGCUACACUGGUCCGACUGAGACCCUGUCUGUCCUGGCCCUGGAUACUCAAAUUAACAUCAAGACUCGGGCACGCCCACCACGUAACUUUAACCAAGGACGUCAAGGACGCAGACCAGGAUUCGGACAGAGACCAUCCGACAACCAGGUCGACACCCAGAACAUCACUACCACACCCAACCCUAGCGGCAGUCAGUAACUGUUUCUCGCCACUGACUAUCCAGAGCAUACACUGACUUCACCUGAAAAAAGAAUGACAAGAAAAUUCAAAGCAAUGCGUUGUUUAAGAUUUCCUCUUCCAUGACAAGAACAUUCAAAGCAAUGCGUUGUCUGAGAUUUCCUCUUCCUUGACAGAAUUUAUUCGUUGUAGGUCAGAAAAAAAAUUUUUGAGGAUGAAAAAAGACAGUUAUCAUGACUUUAACUUUAAUGGCUGAUUAUUAAUCAUAGAAUGAUAUAGUUUAUUAGCUUCGCAUCGUUGAUCAAACUUAAAAUUAAAAUUGUAAGCAGACAAAGAGAAACAAUAACAAAGAAACAAAUCAAAACAACAAAAAUCCUUACUUUAAACAACAUAAAAAUCUCUUAAGUUUGACAAGUACUAUGAAGUUUGACAAGUGCUAUUGAAGUUUGACAAGUGCUAUUAAAGUUUGACAAGUGCUAUUGAAGUUUGACAAGUGCUAUUAAAGUUUGACAAGUGCCAUUGAAGUUUGACAAGUGCUAUUAAAGUUUGACAAGUGCUAUUGAAGUUUGACAAGUACUAUGAAGUUUGACAAGUACUGUUAAACUUUGACAAGUACUAUUAAAGUUUGACAAGUACUAUUGAAGUUUGACAAGUACUAUUGAAGUUUGACAAGUACUAUUGAUGUUUGAUAAGUACUAUUGAAGUUUGACAAGUACUAUUGAUGUUUGACAAGUACUAUUGAAGUUUGACAAGUACUAUUGAUCUUUUGUAAAAAAAAAUUGCCUUGCUAUCUCCCUUAUUUCAUUCAAGUGACGAUUUUGACCUGUCAAAACUUUGGCCAUCAACCAAUCCGUAGUUCAUGUCCUAAGAUCUAAAAACUUCCUACUCUAUUUUUUUCACCUGUAUUUCUUUGUUUGCAUGACGCAAAGUUAGUCUACUGUAAUGAUAAGC